AUGUCGACGGACCCGGCGGGCGAGCCAACCCCUCUCAUGUCCAGGCAAGGGCGCGAGAAGCAGCGGUACACGCAAGACUCCCAGAGGCUCGUGGCCGGGUGCAUACCGGUCAGGGAUAACCCGCGCGUCAAGGGCGGCGUCGAGGUGUGCAUGGUCAGCAACAGGCACAACGACGGGUUGAUCUUCCCGAAGGGCGGCUGGGAGACGGACGAGACGGCGGAGGAAGCCGCGGCGCGGGAGUCGAUGGAGGAGGCUGGGGUCAGAGGUGGAACGUGCACGUACGUCGGAGAGUUUACGUUCAAAUCGCGCAAGAAGGCGUUGGUGAACGGGGGUAAGAAGGCGACGUGCCUGGCGCGGGUGUUUGUUAUGCACGUCACCGAGGAGAUGAGCGAAUGGCCGGAGCAGGCGACUCGGACGCGAACGUGGCUUCCAGCCGUGGACGCCAUCGAGCAGUGCAAGCACGACUGGAUGAGGGACGCGCUGCGCACGUGGGCGUCCACGAUGCCGGGCCUGGAAACCGCCGGGUGAGUGACGUCGGGGCGGGGGGGGGGUUGGUGUUGGAAGGGGGGGUGUUUUCGAGGGUUGUUCUUUCGAGCCGGGACACCUCGUUGCUCGUUCGCCAACUGCGCCGAGAUCGUCGCUGUACAACGUACGUGUAGCAGUCUGCUGUGAGUAAAAAAUGCUGAAAUG